CUUUGCCGUGCCAGCACUACACAGAACAAGAAACGCGACACGCUCGAUAGUGCCUGACGCAAACGGGCGACGUGUAAUGCGGGUCAGGACCUCGUACCUGAGACGCGAAAUUUAUCACAAAACCACCCAUGUUGGCCACGCCUGAUCAAACCGCUCCCGAGAGAGAGAAUCGUUGCGCAGAAGAUGCGAGAGAAGUGAGUCAUAAAGCUUUAUAAGCUUGAGCUCACGCCUCGAUGGUAUGGUCGUCGCUGCAGCUGUUAUCUUCGACGUGUCCCGUGAAUGGAGGCAGCGCGGAUAGAGUGUGUUCUGGUGCACGUCCGCAGUGAGCGCACACCAGGCCGAAGGGAAAGUGCUCUAGGACGAACCCUAACGCCUAAGUAGUCGAUCCACGGUAUAGGAAAAGCACGCAUCGUUCCGGUAUGUCAAACCAAACCGUCAACAGUGUACCACAACUUUCAACUAUAAUUCGUUGUCUGCAGCGACCAUGUCCGGGCGAUCGACCCUUCCAGCUGUCUAUGUCGACGACGAAUGCCCGAUAUGCAAAGAGGAUUUCGACGAGAACCACCGAAGGUAUUGCAUCCCCUGUGGUCAUGUCUUCUGUCGCGACUGUCUCGAUCGGGUCGACCCACGAGUGUGUCCAAACUGCCGUGCUGAAUUCUCAGAAGAUGAGAUCGAGUGUUUAGACAAAGAGGAAGAUGAUUGGUCGCCGUGUGAUGAAGAGCGCGAGGAGGAUAGGGCGGUAUGGCGUGAGCUCGGGUGGCAGGAAGACGAGGUCGAAGAAGAGGAAGAGCCGGAUGAGGAUGAUGAUGAUUGGGCGCCAUCCGAUGGAGAGCGCGAGGAGGACAGGGCGGCAUGGCGGGAGCUUCGGCAGCGCCAACGAGGAGACGGAGAAGACUCGGACUCGGACUCAGACUCAGACUAA